AUGGCCGACCUCGACACGCAGGAGGUGAGAUCUUCGUCAUCAGCUCGUCUGCUAUUUGAGCCCCACCUGCGAUCGCGAUCAGGAGCUUCUGAAUUGGCUCCUCCGUAUGUCGGCGCGUGUGCCUAGGUCUUCGAGCGAAUUUGGCUUUCCUGGGGACCAUUUGGGUGUCCGGGCUGAGCUGUUGUGUCUUUUUGGGGGGGAUUUGGUGAGAUCAGAAUAUGAGUGCUGGAUUCCCGUUUCGUAAAUGUGACCCUCUGGUUGAUUUCAUUGUCUGAGUUAUUAAAAUGAUGGUGGAUUGAAUUGUGAUGUGUAUUUAUUCCGAGUGCCACUCGAUGGAUUAUCUAGUUCCACUUGUUUUUUAUGUGAGCCAACAUACCGUCGUGAGAUCCUUAUCAGAUGAACAGGUGGUUCAUGCCCCAUUAACUCAAAUAAAUCAUGUGAAAUUAAAAUAGAAUAGGACUCUAGUGAUUCAAAUGGUAAGAAAUAUUCUUAAUGCAAUAGUUUCUUUUGAAGUUCAGGUCGCCACUCCUUGUCCAAUGAAUUAGUGGACCUUUCUCUGUCCGCUCUUGUGAUUUUCCCUGAUAAGAUGGGACUUGAAGGCGUGUAGAUAAAUGAAGAACUAUACUACAGUGUUAAUUGGAUUGCAUAUUGUGGUAAAAUAAAUGUUAUGUGAAUCAAUACAAUGUCCUUGGAGAUGCCAUGAUUUUUCAUAAAAUCAUUAACAUUCUGAAAUUCCUUUUCUUGUUAGGCACACUGGAUUUAAUAGAAUAAAUAGUCGAGAGUGUAAUUCAGUGGCUACCAUUUUGGUUCAGCUAGGUGUAGACGCAGAUAGUUGCUCUUACUCAUAUAAGCACUCCUGAGUACUAAUAAUGUAUUUUUGAAUUCUGGCAAUCGGAGUUGUUUUGUUGGAUGAUGAACCUGCAUGUUAACCUGAAUUUCUUAUUUUUUAUCAAGGUUCUUCAAAGGGACAUACCAUGGGAGACCUACAUGACAGCUAAGCUUAUUACAGCAAGAUGCCUUCAGCUGCUGCGGCGUUAUGAUAAAAGAUCUGAAAGCUACCGUGCUGCAUUGCUUGAUGAUGUAAGUAUGAACAAAUUUUCCUGAAAUUUUAUUUUCACAGAUUGGUAUGCAGCAUGAACGCUUCCUGCUAGUUUUUACCUUUCAGAUAUAGUCUUUGAUAUCAACAUUUAUCAUUUUUGUGAUACCUUACCUCGUGCUUCUUUCAAUAAUUCUUCUCCUUGUCGAAUUUCAGUUACUCCUGAUAUGUUUUAUGCAUGUUGUACGAUGAACAUUUAUCGGACCUUUAGUAUAAUUUGAUUUUAAUGUCUUUUAUGAACCUUAAUAAACGUAUAUCUAAAGGGUAUCAUAUAUCAACAGGGCAGCGAAGUAUGCACUGUUCAUGUUGCUGACGCCACAGUGGAUCUCACUCUUGAGUUUGGUCGUUAGACUUAAGUGUGGUUGUCGAAAUCUAGAAAGCUAUGACAAAAAGGAUACUAGCGCUUCACAUCAUAAAUCUGGUCUCACUUGGGGCGAUGUUAUGUUGGACCUCUAGGGAAGUGAUAUCUAGUUGCAAAAUAUACCCUUUGACUUUGGGUAUUUUUUCGGGUCUGUGGGACAGCAAUUUGGAAAGAAAAAUAUGCAGAUAAUUCAAAAGUUGUUGUAAUAGAUGUCACUUUGCUCAUCACAGUAUUUCAAUGAUAGUGAUUUCAUGACAAAGCCUAUAGGCGAUGUCCCCCUUGAUGUUAUCGAUUCAUAUUCCUAUGGUGAGUGAGUUUGUGGAGAAGGGGAAAUGGUAUUUUCUCCCUCGAUGUACAUACGAUGAUUCAUUCUAGUUUUUGCUUACGAAACGGAUUUUUUAAUUGAUGGAUGGAGGUGAUUAGGUUAACACAUGAUGGCCAUUCUUCUGUUAAUUUUUUUCGUAAGAUAAUUGUGUUUUUAAAUGACCCCUCUAUGAUUCUUGAUACACCCAGGGCAAUUGGUGAUUUCCAGUUUGGUUUACAUCUCUCACUGCGGAUCCAGCUGUUGCUUGGAACAUCUUGAUAUUAGCCCUCCACUACAUAUUUUAAGGAUACCUCAUGCCGUCAGUUGCCAAUGAUUACGAUUAGGUGGAUAAUUAUGAACCUUUCGCUCACAUUUCACAUUGGUGAAUGUAAAUGGGUCAUGUGGAUAUGAUGUUUUGAUUUACAUUGAAACAUAAAUGUUUAGCUCCUUUUAAAAUUUACUUAUCCUUGUAUUUAUUUUACAUUACGUAUUGUGCAAAUAUCCUUGCAAUGUAGACAAUCUCCAUGAUCUUAUGAUGCCUUUUCUCUAUUGAACAGUCUUAAUCUUUUACGUAGCCUUUCUCUUAGUUUCCUUUUCCGUCUAUUGAUUGUAUCCACUUUGAUUAUUAUUGAAUUUACAAAGAGUCCUUCAAAUUCUGAUCUGAAAGGAAUAACUGUAUUUUGGAAAAGAUAGUGAGUUCUUUGUGGUUGUAUUUAUUUUUGAACUAGUAAGGUCACAAAACAUCAUAAGUUAAGAAAAGAGUUGUGUUUUUUUUAUUGUUAAAACAGUUGCGAUUGUUAAUUUUUGCAGGAAGGUCCAGAUUACAUUCGAGUCUUUGUCAACAUUCUGCGGAACAUUAAUAAGGAAGACACAGUGGAAUAUGUUCUUGCCCUUAUUGAUGAAAUGCUCACUGGUAUCUGGAGAAUUAGACAACUAUUGAAUUUUAUGUCAGUUUUUUUCUCCAUUUCUCAGCAGGAUUAUUGAUUUUUUUGGCAGCAAACCCCAAACGAGCCAGAUUAUUUCAUGAAAAAUCUCUUGCAAGUGAAGACACUUAUGAGCCUUUCUUAAGUUAAGUUUUAUCUAAAAUCAGCAUAUAAUAGUUGGUGAUCAUUAUGAUAUCGUCUUUCUUAUUCUAUUGUUGUUCUUGGGACGUAGAUUUCUAAAUGUGUCCCAAAUUGUGGUAUCAUUUUAUUUGACGGAAUUGUUAAUGGAUCUUAUUCAUCUCCAGAUUACUUUGGAGCAAUAAUUGGUUCAUGCAAGAAAAGAGUUGUAAAAUAUUGUCUCUUACAGUGAGGUAUUUAACAAUUUUCAGUUGAAUUUUCUGGUGAUCUAGUAUCAUUUCAUGUGAUAUCUUAUGUUGAAUUUUAUUUUUUUUCCUUUUUUACAGUUUAAGGCCGAAAACACAGAGUAAUCCGUUCUCAAAUGGUGAAGCAUCACAUUCUGCGGACAAGUUUACUGGUAUUGAUGAUGUUGUACUCAAACCGUUGGUUGAGUGGCUCUGUGCUCAGGUCAGCAUUCUUGUAACAAAAAACUUGGAUGAUACUUCUGACACUAUUCUAUAAUGUUUUGCCAUAUUUUCAAGAAUAGAGAGUUUUGGAAUGUGGUCUUUAGUGGUGCUUGGGAAAAACUCCAAUCUAGGAUUUACUGUGUACCCAUGCAGAUGCUCUUUGUGUUGAAAACGAAAAAUGCUGCAUAACACCUUUUCACAUUUUAUGUAAUACAUGAGCUGAAAUCUUAUCUGAAAUUAUGUGCAGUCACUGUGUUUUUCAUCUUAUUUUCUUAAGGUUGAUUGUUCUGUAGUUUUGGCGUCAUACUAUGAUUGACAAAGCAUAUUACAUGCAGUUAAAGAAGCCAACACACCCGACCCGUAGCGUUCCAGCAGCUAUCAAUUCCUUGGCUGCUUUACUGAAGGAACCCUUUGUACGAUCUCUGUUUGUUCAGAUAGAUGGGGUGAAACUGCUGAUUCCUUUGAUUACUCCAGCAUCCACGCAGCAAUCCAUUCAGGUGAUAGACCGUGCUUGGAAUUAUUGGUAGUACAAUGGUCAUUUUUGCUAGCAUGCCUGUACUAGUUUUCUGUAGCAUGAUUCGUAGUGCCUAGCUCUUACUCUCUUUUGUAAUUUUCUUUGUUCAUCUACUCUUCUAAUAAUGGUAAGCCAAGAUUUUGUGGGCACCAACGGAUACCAGUGUUGAUUAUCUUGUAUGAAUUCAUAAAAUGCUUGCUUUUCUACCACUAAUUAGUCCGAAGGUUAGGAAGAAUUGUUGUAAUGCUACUGACAUAUUAGAAUUGAUAUUAUUCUGACUUCCCCAUCCAGGAUACCUACUAUUGUGGACUGCAUACUUCCAUUCUGAAAUUUUGAAAACUUGUGCUGAAUCAUUAGUUAGGUUUGUACUAAGGAGAAUUUGUUGCCCAGGCCAUCAUGGAAUAAGUCACUGUUCUCUCAAAGAAAAGUGGUGUAAAGACUUGCGUAUUCAUGCUUGAAAGUAUGCCAAUAGCAAUAGCAUACACUAUAGAAGUUACCUAACUGAGAAAAAUGGCGAGCAGCUCUCCAAGGGAAUCGACUAGUGGGAUAAUAAAACUCUAUUAUUAUGAACAGUACGAAUUAGUCACACGAUUAUGAGCAGUACGAAGAUAACUAUGCUUUAUCUUAUGGUACUUACCAUUUUAUGUAGGAUUAGUCCCGUCACAUCCUUCAUGUCAUUCCAAGUGAAUGUUUACCUUUUGGGAGAAGUAAAUCAUGAACAUCUAUUUCGUAAUGUAAUCAAAUUUCCAGUAAAGGUAAUCAUGAGCCAUGUUCUUUAACAUAAUAGAAAUUCUCAAGCGGGAAAUUUUGAUUUCAGAGCUUGAAACUGUGUUGUAAAUGAUGUACAAAAAAGGUCGUAUAGAAGUUAAUUAAAAAGCAAUUAGUGAUUAAAAGAAGUGCUAGGCAAAUGGAAAAGUUACUGAAUUGUCGUAGUUUUAUGUUAAGAAGGCCGUUUAUUGAAAUAGCGCUUAUACUGAACUGAUGCAAUAGUUUUGUCAGGAGAUAUAUACGAUAGAGUGCCCAAAGAUUGAAAUUGGUUGUAGGAAAGUUCUAUACACCUGGUUAAAAGUACGUGUAUCAGGAUCAUGGCUAAUGUGAAGAUGAGUAAUGAAAGAGAAAUGAUUUCGAAAUGUGCUUUGAGUAUAUUUCUAACCUGUCAGGGAUAAUUCCUAGAUGUGAACAUGAAGCUCCAAAAGGUUGUUCUUCAUGGAUAGACAUUCUCCAAAAGGUUGUUCUUCGUGCACACAUGAACACCUCAGAGAAGGUUGGUAUAAUUCACUAUGGUCUUGUAUUAAUUGGCUCUCAUAAUCUCUCUCUCUCUCUCUCUCUCUCUCUCUCUCUCUCUCUCUCUCUCUCUCUCUCUCUCUCUCUCUCUCUCUCUAUCUAUCUAUCUAUCUAUCUAUCUAUCUAUCUAUCUAUCUAUAUAUAUAUAUAGGCAUACAGACACACACAUGAAAUUUAGUCUAAUUGUCUAAUGUCGGCCUGCACGAACCAAUCCUGCCAAACCAGGCUGACCAAUUUAGUCCUAUUUAUCUGAUUCUAUUCUGGCAGGGCCAAAAUAACCGAUCAGACGGGCUUCAGGAAUACUUGAAGCAAUUCAUUAUUUCAAUGCAAGCCCCAUUGUGGUCUUCUUUGCCCUGUUUGUCCUUCAACCUGAUGAUUCUGAAUUCCACAGGAUCAUUUGUCUCCUUUUUUUUCUCACUUUCCUUGAUGAGAGGUGAUCAGGAAUGAAAGGAGUUUUUUUCAGAAUUUUCCAGUUUUAAUGAUUUCAAUGUAUUUCCAUGGUAAUUUGUUUUAUAAUUUCUAUUCCCCCCUCUUGUCAAAAGCGGAAGGUUAUUCUAGUACUAAAAGGAGGUUCCAUCUACUUAUGUGCAAAGGUUAUGAGCUUAAUCGCUCAUACUUCUGUAGCCAUGAAGUUUGUCCUGUAAAUCGCCCAUUUUGAAUGCCUGCCCGAGUAAACUCUGUCUUUUCUCUGCAGCUCCUUUAUGAAGCUUGCCUCUGCAUUUGGCUGCUAUCAUACUAUGACGCAGCCAUAGACUACCUGGCAACCACAAGAAUCCUGCCACGGCUCAUGGAGGUGGUCAAAGGCUCCACAAAGGAAAAGGUGGGAGGAAUCUGACCGUAAUCUUUCUCUCCCCAUUUAAAGGUCCUAAUGUGUGAUGGUGAACUUAGUGCGUUGACUUUUAAUGCCGGGCAGGUGGUGAGGGUUGUCAUCUUGACCCUCAAAAAUUUCCUGUCCAAGGGGUCGUUUGGUGCCCAGAUGGUCGACCUCGGUUUGCCACAAAUAGUAAACAACAUGAAAGCACAGGCAUGGAGUGAUGAGGUGAGACUUGGCCACUUUCUUAGUAUAUAUAUAAUUCGACAGUAAUCUCGAGAGUUUCCUUAGCUGGAAGUUUAAUGAUGCCUUUUAAUUCGCUCACUAUGUUAUGUCUUGAAAGUUAUUUACCUUUUACUGUGACCGGUGUCAGUUGGACUAUAUAGAAAAAUAAACUUGGGUUCUUGCUCGGCAGAACAAUAGUCAACGGUGAUAACUCAACUCUGCUGAUUAACAAUCAACAGCUUUGUUUUUUUUUUUUUUACAGUUGACGAAUGUAUUUUUCAACAGAACAGUAACUUGGGUUCUUGCUAGGCAGAACAAUAGUCAACGGUGUCAGACUUCUGUUGAUUAACAAUCGACGGCCUUGUUUUUCUUUUUCUUCAACAGAAUAAUAAUAACCUGGGUUCUUGUUAGGCAGAAAAAUAGUCAACAGUAUUAGACUUCUGUUGAAAACAAUUAUCGGCUUUAUUUUUUUCCGCUGAAAAAUAUAAUUAUCUCUGUAGGAUCUCUUGGAAGCGCUGAGUCAGCUGGAGGAGGGGCUGAGAGAUAACAUCAAGAAGCUGAGCUCAUUUGAAAAGUACAAGCAGGAAGUGCUUCUGGGCCAUCUGGACUGGUCCCCCAUGCACAAAGAUCCCAAUUUCUGGCGCGAGAACAUAUCUAAUUUCGAGGAGAAUGACUUCCAGGUAUGCAUUCCACCCGGAUUAUAUCAAAGUUGACCUCAUUUAUCUAUCUAUCUAUUUCAUUACUUGAAAUAGUCGUAUCUUGGAACUGUACUUCCCUAAUUAAAAAGGGUAUCUACCUAUAUACCCUUUUUUCUCAUCGCGAAAAGAAAAACAGAAGAGAGAAAAUAAUAUCUUGGAUUUUUUUUUAAAAAAAACCGAGCUAGAAUUAUUUUAUUUUAUUUUUCAUACACAACAUCCUUCGCUGGUUAUCUACACUUUUCCUAUACCAUUUUUUUAUAAAAAAAAUUAAAAAUUAAUUCUGCUUGUCAAGUACUGAAGAGGGAGAAGCUAAUUGAUAACCCAUCGAAAAAUCUAAGAAGAAAAAUUUCCUGUGGUGGCAGAUUGUACGGGUCCUGAUCACAAUCCUGGACACAUCCAGCGAUCCGACGGCGCUUGCCGUGGCCUGCUUCGAUAUAUCGCAGUUCAUCCAGUACCACCCGGGCGGGCGGAUCGUCCUGUCUGACCUGAAGGCCAAGGAGCGGGUGAUGAAGCUCAUGGACCACGAGAACGCCGAGGUGAUGAAGAACUCCCUCCUCUGCAUCCAGAGGCUCUUCCUCGGCACCAAGUACGCGAGCUUCAUGCAGUCUUAA